AUGAGGUCUGCAUUAACCUUGAAAGUUAUCGCAAGAUGUUCAACAACAAAAGCAAGAGUAGGAAUUUUAACCUUACCGCAUGGCCCCGUUGAUACUCCAGUAUUUAUGCCGGUUGGAACUCAAGGAACAUUAAAAGGCCUGACAACAAAACAAUUAGAAGAACUAGGCUGUCAAAUAAUGUUAAAUAAUACAUAUCAUUUGGGGUUAAAACCCGGACAAGAAUUGAUUGAAGAAUUAGGCGGAUCACAUAAAUUUCAAAAUUGGAAUAGGAAUUUAUUAACCGAUAGUGGAGGAUUUCAAAUGGUAUCAUUAUUGAAACUUGCAAGAAUAACAGAAGAAGGUGUAGAAUUUCAAUCACCACAUGAUGGAUCUACGAUGUUGCUUACUCCUGAGCAUUCAAUGUCGUUACAAAAUUCAAUCGGUGCAGAUAUCAUUAUGCAAUUAGACGAUGUCGUGUCAUCACUUACUACGGGUCCGAGAGUUGAAGAAGCAAUGUAUAGAUCUAUCAGAUGGUUAGAUAGAUGCAUCAACGCUCAUAAAAAACCCGAAUCACAAAAUUUAUUUGCUAUUAUUCAAGGUGGAUUAAAUAUGGACUUAAGAACCAAAUGUAUUGAAGAUGAAUAUAAAAUGAUACUUAAAUAUCUUUUGUUUAAAGAAAUGAUUAAACGCGAUACACCUGGAUACGCGAUUGGAGGAUUAAGUGGAGGUGAAGAGAAAGAUAUUUUUUGGAGAAUAGUAAAUUUUUGUACUGACAAGUUACCAAAGAAUAAGCCAAUAUAUUGUAUGGGUGUCGGAUACGCUGAAGAUCUCGUGGUUUGUUCGGCUUUAGGGGUAGACAUGUACGAUUGCGUGUUUCCAACGCGUACUGCUAGAUUUGGUAAUGCAUUGACGCCAAAAGGAUCAUUAAAUUUAAAAUCAACAAAAUUUGCGCAAGAUUUUGAGCCAAUUGAAAAGGGUUGUAAUUGUUUAACAUGUAAAACAUACACAAGAGCAUACAUCCAUAUGCAUGCAACGAGAGAAACGGUUGGAUGUCAUUUAAUAACGAUACAUAAUGUAUCAUAUCAGUUAAGACUAAUGAAUAAUAUUAGAAAAGCUAUUAUAAAUGAUGAAUUUCCCUCUUUUGUACAAAAAUUUUUUAAGGAAUUAUUUGGUGGUAAAGACAAGUAUCCCAUUUGGGCAGUUAACGCUUUAAAAAGUGUUAAUAUUGAAUUACUUUCAUGA